AUGUCCUACGAUCGCUACGUUGCCAUCUGCAGACCCCUGCACUAUGAGACCCUCCUGGGCAGCAGAGUUUAUGUCAACCUGGCAGCAGCUGCCUGGGCCUCUGGUGUUCUCUAUGCUGUGCUGUACACAGCCAAUACAUUUUCCCUGCCCCUCUGCAAGGGCAAUGCUGUGGACCAGUUCUUCUGUGAAGUGCCCCAGAUCCUCAAGCUCUCCUGCUCCACAUCCUACCUCAGGGAAAUUUGGGUUAUAGUGGCCAAUGCAUGUUCAGUUUCUGUCUGUUUUGUGUUCAUGGUGGUGUCCUAUGUGCAGAUCUUCAGGGCAGUGCUGAGGAUCCCCUCUCAGCAGGGACGCCACAAAGCCUUUGCCACCUGCCUCCCUCACCUGGCUGUGGUCUCCCUCUUUGUCAGCACUGGAUUCUUUGCCUACCUGAAGCCUUCCUCCAUCUCCUCUCCAUCCCUGGACCUGGUGGUAUCAGUUCUGUACUCAGUGGUGCCUCCAGCAGUGAACCCUCUCAUCUACAGUCUGAGGAACCAGGAACUCAAGGCUGCCCUGAGCCAACUG